CGAACCAUGUCGGAGAUCCUGUGCCAGUGGCUCAACCAGGAGUUGAAGGUGUCCCGGACCGUGAGCCCCAAGUCAUUUGCAAAGGCAUUUUCCACUGGCUAUCUAAUUGGAGAAGUUCUGCACAAGUUUGAACUCCAAGAUGACUUCUCAGAAUUUUCAGAAAGCAGGGCUUCAGCUGCCAAACUUAAUAAUUUUUCUCGCUUGGAGCCAACACUGCACCUUCUGGGUGUGCAGUUUGAUCAGAAUGUGGCCCAAAGCAUCAUCACAGAACAGCCUGGAGCGGCCACAAAACUUUUAUAUCAAUUGUACAUUGCUCUUCAGAGAAAAAAGAAAAGUGGCCUCACUGGACUAGAACUGCAAACGAUGCAGCCCCUGACAAAUUUAAGACUUCAGAACAUGAGAAGUGAGGCUUUUCGAGAGAGACUUAAAAUCCUGAUACCACGUCAAACUGAUUUCAAUCUGAUGCGAGUUACAUACAGGUUCCAAGAAAAAUAUAGACGCAUGAGAGAAGAUGUUGACCGUGUGCAUUCUGAGAAACUUGAAAGAAUGCAAAAACUCAGCGAGGAGCAAAGAUGUUUUAAUAUCGAAAAGCAACGCUUAAGCAGAAGACGACAAAAUGAAAUAAUGGCCAAAAUCCAAGCAGCUAUCAUACAGAUUCCUAAACCGGCAUCAAAUAACACUUUGAAAGCACUAGAGGCCCAAAAAAUGAUGAAAAAGAAAAAGGGUGCAGAGGAUGUGGCCAAUGAGAUUAAGAAGUUUGAAGAAUUAAUAAAAAAGGAUCUUCAGGCAAAAGAAAGUGCCUCCAAGACUUCUGUAGAUACAGCAGGUCCGAUGACUACCGACUUGUUGAACACUUACUCGGAUGAUGACUACAUUAAAAAAAUCCAGAAGCGCCUAGAAGAAGAUGCUUUUGCACGAGAGCAAAGAGAGAAAAGACGGCGGAGACUGCUCAUGGACCAGUUAAUAGCACACGAAGCACAAGAGGAGGCUUACCGGGAGGAGCAGCUGAUUAACCGGCUGAUGCGGCAGUCCCAGCAGGAGCGCAGGAUUGCAGUGCAGCUCAUGCACGCCCGGCACGAGAAGGAUGUCCUAUGGCAAAACAGGAUCUUCAGAGAAAAGCAGUAUGAGGAAAGGCGACUGAAAGAUUUCCAGGAUGCACUUGAUCGAGAAGCGGCCUUGGCAAAGCAAGCCAAGAUUGAUUUCGAAGAACAGAUCCUUAGAGAGAAGGAAAUUCAUGAGCAGAUCGCUGUGGAAAGAGCUCAAGCUCGUUACAAAAAGCAUUAUGCAGUGUGUGCCGAAAUCUUGGAUCAGAUACUUGACUUGUCCACUAAGGUGGCAGAUUAUCGUAUGUUGACAAAUAAUCUGAUUCCACAUAAGAUGAUGCAUGAUUGGAAGGAGCUAUUUUUUAAUGGAAAACCCAUAUAUGAGCAAGCCUCCAUUAAGCAGAUAGCUGCUAAACCCACUGAAGAACAACUUAUAGAACUGGAGAAAAGGGAUUUGCUAGAUAGCAAUGACUAUGACGACUACAAGAACAUGGUUGGGGAGUGGGCCUUACCGGAAGAAAUGGCUGAAAAUUUACCACCUUCCAACAAUUGCAUAUUAGGCCAUGUGCUUCACAGACUAGUUGAAAAAUCUCUUCCUCCUCAAGUUGAAUCAACAGAACCUGAAUUACUUUCAUCUUCUGUUAAGGGAUGCUUAUUGGGUAAAACAUUUAGUGGGAAAACUACCACUCUAAAGUCUCUACAAAAAGACUUUCCUGUUAAGAUACUUUCUAUUGACACUCUUGUCCAAGAAGCUAUCCAAGCAUAUCAUGACAAUGAAAAAGUCAGUGAGGCCUCAUCAGCUCCUCAAGAGGAUAGGAAAGAAAACCAGCUCACUGUGCGGGCUGAGCUUGGUGCAAAAUCAGAACAAUUGCUGAAGAAAGGAAAGAGCAUUCCGGACAUGUUGCUGGUUAACAUCAUGGUAAACGCUAUUAAUGGGAUACCUGUGAAUCAGAACUGGAUCCUUGAUGGUUUUCCAAUGACGUUAAACCAAGCUCAACUUCUGGAGGAAGCUCUCACAGGCUGCAACAGAUACCUCAUGGAAGCAGAAGGAAAAGCAACACAAAUAUCUACACUGGCUGUGGAUCCUACAACUUCCAAAGAAGUACCUCUGCCCUCUUCUGCAUUUGAUUUUGUUAUACUAUUAGAUAUUUCUGAUAAUUCCUCACUGAGUCGCAUGAAUGAUGUCAUGGCUGAAGAGUUUUCACGUGAAAUUUCUCAUGAAGAUACCAGUCAGCAUGCAGCUGCUGAUAACCAGCAUGUAGAUGUGGAUCAUAAUUUGAGAGACCAGAUACAACACAGAAUUAUAGGCUUCUUGGACAACUGGCCUUUAUUGGAGCAAUGGUUUUCAGAGCCAGAAGAUAUUUUGAUAAGAAUCAAUGCUGAAAUAGAUAAAAACUCCUUAUGUCAAAAAGUAAAAGAAAUAUUUGCAACUGAAAUAGUGAAAAAAAAGAAUAAAGUUGAGAAAAGGUUAGAAGAAAAGGAAGCUGAGAAAAAAGCAGCUUCCCUGGCUGAGCCUCCGCCCGCUACUCCUCCUCCUCCUCCUGAACCAGAAAAAGAGAAGGAAACUCAUCAGCAGCGGGACCCUUCAAAAACGGCCCCUGCAAAAGGAAAACCGCAAUCAGAAACUUCACCUGGUAAACAAGAAUCUCUUCAGGAUGGAAAAGGAAAGAAAGGUGAGACUACACUUGGUUCCCCUAAAGGAAAACCCCCAGGAGGAAAAGUCCAAGUGAAGAAAUCACCUGUUGGCUCUACAGAUAUACCACCUACUCCAGUAGCACCACCGCCCCCUAAGCCAGGAUCUGAAGAAUGGGUCUAUGUGAAUGAACCAAUUCCUGAGGAAAUACCUUCAUUUUUAGUACCUUACUGGGAACUAAUAGAAAAUUCUUACAUAAACACCAUCAAAACCAUCCUCAGGCGUCUAAGAGAAGACCAGCAUGAUGUACUUAAAUACUUAUAUGAAAUUACAACAAGUUUCCAGGAGUUUCUAAGGCGUCCAGAUCACAAGCAAGAUUUUGUAGCUCAAUGGCAGGCUGAUUUCAACUCUUUUCCUGAUGACUUGUGGGAAGAUGAGGAAACCAAGGCUGAACUACACCAAAGAGUGAAUGAUUUACGAGACCGCCUGUGGGACAUUUGUGAUGCCCGGAAGGAUGAGGCUGAGCAGGAACGGCUGGAUAUCAUUAACGAAAGCUGGCUGCAGGACUCCCUUGGAAUCACAAUGAACCACUUCUUCUCACUGAUGCAGGCAGAACUGAACCGUUUCCAAGAUACAAAGAGACUCCUGCAAGAUUAUUACAGGGCAAUGGAACACAAAAUCCCAAUAGAUGACAGCAAGAGAUUUACUCGAAUCCCGUUGAUCCGACUGGAUAGUAAAGACAUUUCGGAAAACCAGCUUAGAAUUCCUCUGGUUCCUCGAAUAUCCAUUUCUCCAGAAACAGGCGUGCCCAGACCAAAAUUAAAAGCAAUACUGAAAGGCAAGAUUGAUUACUCACUAGAAAACGUGCAGACAAACUUUGAGGCAGAUGAGAGGUUGGUAAUGGACACCUGGCAGCAGGCUUCCUUAGCGAUAUCUAACAUGGUGGCUGCUGAAAUUCAUCAGAGGCUCAUAGAAGAAGACAAAGAAAACCAACCAGCAGAGUCAAAAGAGAAAUCUCCCCAGAUGAGUACGAACAAAAAAGGCAAAAAGGAAAAUGAGCCACCCAAGAAUAAAAAGGAAGACAAACAUGGAAAAGGUAAGUCACCACCUGUGGCUGAAGCUACUCCUGUAGUGUUCACAGCAGAGGAAAUCGCAGAGAUUGAAAGGAAAAAUGAACUGAGGCUCAAAAUAAAGGAGGAGCAUCUUGCUGCCCUACAGUUUGAAGAGAUAGCUACACAGUUUCGACUUGAAUUGAUAAAAUCCAAAGCAUUGUCUGUCCUUGAAGACCUAAUAACGAAGGUGGUCGAUACAUAUAAACUCAUGGAAAAAUGGCUUGGUGAGAGAUAUUUGAAUGAAAUGUCCAGUGUAGAAAAAUUAACAGAAAUAGCUCGCUAUCACAUUGAAACAGCUACAAAAAUCCAGAAUGAACUUUACUUAAACCAAGAAGAUUUCUUCAUUAAUGGUGAUAUAAAAGUCUUCCCAGAUCCACCCCUGCCAAAGCGUCCUCCACCUGUAGAAAAGGAAGAAGACGGCACCCUGACUAUUGAGCAGCUCGACAAUCUUCGAGAUCAGUUCUUAGAUAUGGCGCCUAAAGGCAUAAUAGGAAGUAAAGCAUUUACUGACAUUCUGCUUGAUUUGAUGACCUUGAACCUUGGAACAAACAACUUCCCUAGUAGUUGGAUGCACCUCACCCAGCCUGAAUUGCAGGAGUUGACAUACUUGUUGAUCGUAAACUCAGAGUUCGUGGACUGGAGGAAAUUCCUGUUAGUAACUGCAUUGCCUUGGCCCAUCCCUCUGGAAGAAGAGCUCCUGGAGACCCUGCAGAGGUUCAAGGCUGUGGAUGAGGAGCAGAUGGGCACCGUCACUUUUGAGCAGUAUAUGCAGGCUGGCCUGUGGUUUACGGGAGAUGAAGAUAUAAAAAUUCCAGAAAAUCCUCUUGAACCCCUGCCAUUUAAUAGGCAGGUUCAUCUUAUAGAGUUUUUCUUUAGGCUCUUUGCUGACUAUGAGAUGGACCCACCCCAGCUUGACUACACACAAAUGCUGCUGUAUUUUGCUUGCCACCCAGACCCUGUGGAAGGGGUCUACAGGGCCCUCAGUGUGGCCAUUGGAACUCAUAUCUUCCGGAAAGUCAAAGGUCCAGUUAUGACAGCAGAAAAGGCCUCCUCUGCUGAUCUGAGUCCCGUCGAGGGAUACGUGGAAACUGAGGAAACUGCUGAAAGAGAGGAGAGGGAGUUCACAGAGGAAAAGGAGGAAAGGGAUCAGAAGGAAGCGGAUAUCCCGGAAAAUGCAAACACUGAAAAGAUUUCCAUGGAAACACUACUCAGAGUGUUCCGAGGAGGAAGCGAAGUGAAGGAUGCGAACAGAUUUACCAGCCACCUUAAGAGAGAGAACAUUUAUGCAGAGAGUUUCAUAAAAGUAUUUCAAGAACUAGAGACCAAGGACCUGGAGCCAAUUGAAGUUGCUGUUCUCUUGAAGCAUCCUUUCAUCCAAGACCUGAUUGCAAAUUAUCCAGACUAUAAAAUCCCUGAUAUUAAAAUGAUUCUCCAAAGGAGUGUACAUGUAGCUGGAAGUGAUGGAGAGAGAUCACCCUCAAGACUUACAGAGGAAAAGAAAUGA